AAACGGGAAAAAACUCCCACCCGAGCACUGCCCCUCACCCCGACCACCCGAGCUCAUCUCCACGGCCACCAUCGCAACCACCACUCUCCACCGUCACCUUCAUCUUCUCCAUUCUCCACUCUCCCCAUCCUUCCUCACGACUCUCACUCCCUCCAAAAUCCCUGCAAGCAGCCGAGCAUCCCACGAUCAUCACUACUGUCUGCACGCACCACCGCGUUCCCCCACAGCCACCACGCCUCCGGCGACACAACCGAGCCCGACCAUCUUCGCCCUCCGUCCAAGGGAAUAUCCAGACCACACACAGCCACCUCCCACGGCCCCGAGCACUACCAUCACCUGCAACCUCUCCACUUCCACAUAGCAACAGCCGCAGCCCUAUGCCCAGCUCACAUACUGAGAAGCAGCAGUAGCACCCAACCCCUACCAUCCUAGUUGUGCCCAACAAAAAGAAGCAGCCUACCUCACGGCCAGCCACCGCCAUUCCCACAGCCGCAGCAAACCUUCCCUUCAGAAUCCACGGCCAUACCCUAACCUCCAUCUCCCCAAAGUCAAGCAGAAUCAACAACUCCCUUGUGUUCAAUUUCAUCCGGUUCUAAAAUUUUCCAUCUGGGUGGAUUAUAAUUCAGUAUAAGGAUAAGUGAGGUUCUGGAAGCAUUGAUCCAGCCAAUCAGUAAUCCAUCUGCCUCAUCUACAGUGACUUGCAAGUAUAGGACUAGAAAAAAGGGUGGGUGUGGUGUCGUUGCUGUAUCAGAUGGGGGAGCCAUCAUUUUUUGAUCAAAUGAUCAGUCAUCUCCGUGCAAGCUGCAAAUACUAUACUGGCUAUCCAAAGGGUCUUGACCCGUCACGAGUGAUUCAUUUUACCUCAGAGCGUGAGUUUGUCCACCUUCUUCAUGAAGGCCACCCUGUGGUUGUUGCAUUUACCAUCAGGGGUAACUACACAAAACAUCUUGAUAGAGUACUGGAGGAAGCUGCUGCUGAAUUUUAUCCACAGGUCAAAUUUAUGCGAGUUGAGUGUCCGAAGUAUCCUGGUUUCUGCUUAACACGGCAGAGGAAGGAAUAUCCAUUUAUUGAAAUAUUCCACAGUCCAGAACAAGCGGCAAACCAAGGAAAAGGUGCUGAUCCAAAUGUCACAAAGUAUUCCGUGAAAGUAUUGCCUUUCAAUUAUGACCUCAGCGCUUAUGGAUUCAGAGAGUUUUUCAAGCGCCAUGGAAUACAGACAUCAUCAGAUUCGCAAUGAAAAUCCCCACCGAUGGCAAUAAGAGGUGAUGUUCUGAAAGAUUACACCCUUGCACAAAGGGUCUGACAAAACAAAGGUAGAUGAUGCCAGAGACAAUGUUGUAGAAGAACUUUUCAAUGCUUAGGUCGACUAUGAAAUUUAUUACAAGGUAAAGACAUGCUUAGGGUGACGACCACUUCUGUGGAGAGUUCAUUUUGUCAAUAAUUAGUUGCCUAUGUAUUGUUAGAUAAUCUUUUUGUUAGUGUUAGAUAAUUAGUUGCCUAUUUUGCUUAGGGUCAGGUGACAAUCAAAACGCCACAUUUAACUUGUUACCACUUUCAUUAUCAGUUAUAACUGCUGGUACUAGGUACCUAUUAAAAAAAAAAAAAGAACUUCUGGUGCUA